AUGAAACUGGUGGGUCUAGUUGUUUGCUUAGUAGCUGCUGUUGCAGCUGCUCCUGGUCGUGAUCACAUCGAGCUGGCCCGUGGUGGACGUGUUGUCGGAGGUAUCAACGCGCUACCCCAUGAGUUCCCAAGCAUCGUAUCUCUUCAACGCUUGAUCCUCACAACAUCCGCCCACAUAUGCGGUGGUACUAUUGUCAGCCAGCGAUGGGCCAUGACUGCCGCUCAUUGUAUUACUGAGUCACCCGAAGGAGCCCGCUUCGCUGUCUGGGCUGGAACACAUAACAUUGCUUCAGCUGAAGCAAACAGACAAGUAAUCAAUGUCGAUGAGCAUAUCGUGCAUCCCGAGUAUCUCGGAGGAGUUAACCCAUCUGAUAUCGCUGUUCUGCGUCUGGUGAGCUAUCUGAACUACAACGAUUUUGUGCAACCUGCUGUGCUACCUGUUCAAGGCGAUUAUGCCGUCCCUGGACCGGCGACUCUCGCCGGAUGGGGUAGCACAUCUAGUGGAACCGUACCCAGUAUGCCGUCGAUCCUACAAAAGGUACAGAAACCGAUCAUCACUUAUGCUGAAUGCGAACAAGCGAAUGGUGGACCGGGAAAUUCUCCGCUCGGCGAAAGCAACGUGUGCACGGGACCGCUAACCGGUGGAGUUUCCGCCUGCUCGGGUGACUCUGGUGGCCCACUGUACGUCAUCGAGAAUGGUUCUCAGAAACAGGUCGGUAUUGUUUCCUGGGGAUGGAUGCCAUGCGGUACAAUUGGUCGCCCAUCAGUAUACGUAGGCGUAGCAAGCUAUCGCUCUUGGAUUGAUCAAAACAUUGACUAA